AUAUUACUGUAUAAUUACCUAAAUUACUUUUUAGAUGCAGCUGAGGUACGUUCGAUCAGCUUGAUUCUAUUGCAUGUGUGUACACAACGACAUCAUAUUCUACCGGAUAUCAAAGCAAAGGAACAACGUACAAGUUAUUGAUUACUUACCACUCCCAAAAGCGACACCUAUGAGUCAUUUUUUCGAAAUGAAAGAGAAGAAAUAAUUUGAAGUUUACCUGAUUUAUACCACAAAUCAGCUCAAGAUGGGAGCUCUUGACAAACUUGGGAAUUGUCCAUUUGCCUCUUUAAUGGCCACUAUCAUUGUGUUUGUUGGUGUCGGGGUGUUCUGUGGAACUCUUUAUAGGGCCCUGCAGAUUAUUAUCAUAAAUGUCAUGGAGGGACUGUUUCAGUUUUCUGUGUCGUGGCUUUCAGUUGUGCAGAUUGUCUUCAUUGUGAUUGGUGUAGUGAUGGCUCUCUUCUCCAUUGUUCUGUUGGUUUUUGGUUUCCUUGCAACUGGAGCAACCAGACAGAAUGUUUAUUCUGGGAAGAGAUGUAUCAUGGGAGGAAGAGUGUCUGCAGGAUUUUUUAUGGCCAUGUCCUUCCUGUUGAACCUAGUGUGGCUGGUGAUUCUUGGUGUGGCCACCAUUCCUGUCUUUUUGUAUGUUAUGUUGGGUUCUAUCUGUAACACUGAAGUGUAUGGCAACAACUUUAAGACCGUCAAAUACUGCUUCAAACUCAGUCACUAUGGUAUCUACAGAAAUUCCACAUACCCACUGCUGGGUGUGGCCCCUCCAGGGAAAGAUGAGCUCUGUAACCCAACAGAACUGAGGCUCCUUUGUGAUAAUUUUGCUGAAGCAGGCCCACUUUUCUGUACAGCCCUAGCAGGGGCAGCUUGUAUCAUCAUUGGUAUGAUUUUCUACAUGACCAUUCUGUCAAGUAACUACACAAGAAUCAAGAUUUCCAAGGAGCUGACUGAUUACCGCAAUGCUGUCGACAUGGAGGAGAUAGAUUUGCACAGCAACGGAAGGGGAAUUCUGGAUCAAUCAUAUGACAAAAGCAGCUUCCGAUGAGAACUGAACAUCCAGGAAACUGAAUACCUGUAUAAAUGAGAAAAUCCAUUUGUGUAAAAUUUUGAUCCCUUGGAAAGGAGAUCUGUUAUUGUAAAUGUUUAUUUUAAUGAAUGCAAUAUUUUUUACGUAAUAUUUUGUGAAGAAGAUUUUAUUUUGUUGAGAGUGUGUUGCAUACAGUGAGUACUGUGGUUUCAUUAAUAUUCAAGGGUAUCAAUUUUCGUGGAUAAAGUGAAAAUCACGGUUUCAAGGAUACUUAAAUUCGUGACCAAUGACCCUAUCAAUACAAGAUGUUAAUAGAAAUUGCACUUCAAUGAACACUUAAUUUCGAGGAUCAACUUAAUAACGAAAUCCACGAAAAUUGGUACAUGUAUUCAACGAAUAUUGAUGAAACCACAGUAUUUUGCAUAUGUGAAUUUGUGAACUUUUAUAGUUUUAACUUAUGUUUAUUGACUAAAGACAUAUCAGAUAUUUUAAUAGACUGUAUUGGUUGUCAAUUGUUGUCCACAUAUAAGCUAUAAAUGUUUGAACUUGUAGACUUCUAUGAAAGUGACUCUUAUAAUGCUAUGACGUCUUUUACAAAAUUAUUUUUUUUACAAAAUGAUUCAGAACAUUCCAAGAACAAUUUUGUUCACACAUCCUAUAACCUUGUUUUUUUCAAGUGGAUGAAAACUGACAUCUCUUUUGAUUUUGAUUCAUUAUACAUGUAUAUGCAUAUCAUAAAUGUAUUUUUCAAAAGGCAAGAACAUUUCAAUAUAUUACAUUGUUGAAGGGAGAUAAUUAAGUAUUUUCCUUGACAUGCAAUACAUAUCAUUUUUUUCUCUACAAAAUGGUUACUCUUAUAACCUUGCCAUAUUUGCUUUUAAUGUUAUCAUCUAAUUUUAACAUUAAUGGUUGUUGUUUCUUCAUAUUUUACAUGUAACAACUGCUUAUACACAAAAUGUUUUGUGUAAAGUUGUGAUUUUAAUGAAUUUAUUUACAGUUUUAUAGAUUAUUCAUAUAUGUUUAUAUGCUCUGUGUAUUUUUUAUAACAUUUCCAUAAGUUUUAUUAAAAAAGAAACUUCUAUAAUAUGUACAUUGUAAAUCAAAUUAACCAUGCUCAAUGAGACAGAGGCAAUCCAUAAUUAAAGCAGUUAACAUUUAAUUGCAAAGACAUGUAUUUAAGGUAAUUAAAACUUCACGAGUUCUUUUUAAAACAGCAUGUUUUCUGAUAUUGGUGAAUUUUGUCAUUUUACUGAAGGAAUACUGUCAAUUGAAUUUUAUUUGAAUUGCUGGUACAAUAUUGAUAGAUUCGGUUGUUAUUUAACAAAAUGCAAUUAUUUUUAUUUCAUUUUAUUAAUAUUACCAUAGUAAUUUUUUGUACAAAGCACAUAUGUAUUUCAUGUAAUGUAACAUAAUAAAUUUUGUAGUCAAAUUAU